AUGUAACCCUAGCCCAUCCAGCCCAUUAGGACCCUUCUCUGUCCGCGCGCGCCACCGCCGUCGCGCCGCCGCCCGUUCUCUUUCUUCCUCCCCUAUCUUCGUCUUCCCCAACUCCGCUGCCGCCCCUGCAGCCACGCUCCCGCCGCUCUAGCCCUGCAGCCACACUCCCGCCGCAUCUACCCAUGGCUGAGCCGAAACCCAAAUCGAAGCGCACCAAGAAAUCAAAGAAGCCCUCGGCCGGGGAAGGUGACGGGGAGGACAUAGACGCGCUCAAGUCUGACGUCGCCACAUUCGCCUCCACCCUUGGCUUCCUCCCCGGUGCCGGCGGCUCCUCCGGCGGCUUCGAUGACUCCGACUUCCGCAAGUCAGGCCCCAUGAAAAAACCUCCAAAACCCCCUUCAGAACAACCCCAGCAAACCCCUGAAAACACAGCAAACCCCCAUCAAAACCCUAAGCCUGCCAAGAAGCCUCACCCUCUCGAGCUACAUGGUCCCCUUACCACCAGCAAACCUGGUGCUGUCACCACGAAUUACCCGCUGAUGAAGGUGGCGCCACUCUCAGGACAGUGGUACGCUGAUGCUGAUGAGCUAGAGGCGAGGGUCCUGGGCGGCCGUAAGCAGGUACCGCCAGCUGUAGGGCUUCAGGAGAUGCAGGGGAUGGUGGAGCGGAAACGGGAGCUGGCGGAGAAGCUAAUGGCUCAGUAUGCGAGAGAGUAUGACACAGUGAGGCGGGGGCAUGGCGGUCUGAAGCUCCUGGAGAUAUCAGCAAAGUCUGGUACAUCAGCUGACAAGGUGUUGGCGUUUACAUGCCUUGUCGAGGACAAUCCAAUUGCAAACAUGAGGGCGCUUGACUCCCUCCUUGGUAUGGUAACAUCGAAAGUUGGUAAGAGGUAUGCGUUCACAGGCUUCGAUGCAUUGAAAGAGUUAUUCUUAAUGAGGUUAUUGCCUGAUCGUAAGUUGAAAAGUCUUAUCCAGCGCCCGCUAGACAUUUUACCUGAAACAAAAGAUGGCUACUCACUUCUGCUCUUCUGGCAUUGGGAGGACUGUUUGAAACAGAGAUAUGAAAAGUUUGUUAUGUCGCUGGAGGAUGCUGUUAAAGAUAUGCUGCCAAAUCUCAAGGACAAAGCAAUGAAGACGGUUUUCAUCCUUUUGAAAAGCAAAUCAGAGCAGGAACGUCGGUUACUUACAACUCUUGUUAACAAGCUUGGAGAUCCUGAAAGGAGAGCAGCAUCGAGUGCUGCAUAUCUGUUAACAUGUCUACUGGCUGCUCAUCCUAAUAUGAAGAUGGUUGUGAUAGAUGAGGUGGAUUCUUUUCUCUUCAGACCGCAUGUUGGGCUUAGGGCCAAGUACCAGGCUGUCAAUUUUCUGAGCCAGAUUCUUCUUACACACAAGGGAGAUGGGCCUAAAAUUGCAAAGCGGUUGGUAGAUGUCUACAUUGCACUGUUCAAGGUACUCAUGAGCUCUAAUGAUACUAAAGGAGAUACAUGCAGUAAAUACAGCAAAAAAAAUGUAGAAAAUGGAAAAAUAGAGGGAGGAAACAACAAGGGUAAGGACUCCAAAUCCCAUGGAAACAAUGAAGAGAGUUCAACAGCAGGAUCAGAUUUGGAGAUGGACUCCAGAAUCCUCUCUGCACUUUUAACUGGCGUAAAUAGGGCAUUACCAUAUGUUGCGAGCUCGGAAGUUGAUGAUAUAGUGGAAGUUCAGGCACCUAUUCUUUUCAGAUUGGUUCAUGCUGAGAAUUUCAAUGUUGGAGUUCAGGCGUUGAUGCUUUUAUUCCAAAUAUCUACAAAAAAUCAGAUAGCAAGUGAUCGUUUCUAUCGUGCAUUGUAUGCAAAGCUCUUGAGUCCUGCUGCUGUUUCUUCUUCAAAGCCAGAAUUAUUUCUUGGGCUGUUGGUGAAAGCAAUGAAGAAUGAUGUGAUGUUGAAGAGAGUAGCUGCAUUUUCGAAGCGGCUCCUGCAGGUGGCUCUUCAACGGCCUCCUCAAUAUGCUUGUGGAUGUCUUUUCAUUCUGUCAGAGGUCCUUAAGGCAAAGUCGCCAUUAUGGGCGAUUGUGCUCCAGAACGAAUCUGUUGAUGAUGGUGAUGAGCACUUUGAAGAUAUUGUAGAGAGUCCUGAGGACUCUUCUGUUGCCUCAGCAGCGCUAGAUAAACAUACUGAGAAAUCAGCUUCUCAUGAGAAAUGCAACAUUGAUGCUGCUGAUGGUUCUGAUAGUGUAAAACAAAUGGAAUUGAUAGAAAGGGAUGAAAAUGGUGAAAACAAUGCAUCAGCUGAGGCGUCGAGACUACAUGCAUUAUAUGAUCCACGACAUAGAGAGCCUUCUUACUGCAAUGCAGAUCGUGUCAGUUGGUGGGAGCUAACAGUAUUGGCUUCACAUGUGCACCCUUCAGUUUCUACUAUGGCCAGAACAUUGCUAUCUGGCAACAAUAUUGUUUAUAGUGGUGAUCCACUGACGGACCUAUCACUUCCUGCCUUCCUUGACAAAUUCAUGGAAAAAAAACCAAAAGGUAACCGCAUCGCUGAAGGAAGAUGGCAUGGUGGAUCACAAAUUGCACCAGCUAAAAAGCUUGACAUGGAUCAUCAUCUCAUCGGAGAAGAGCUUCUGGAAUUGGCAGAGAAUGAAGUACCUCCUGAAGAUAUUGUUUUCCACCGUUUCUACAUGAACAAGUCUGGCCCUAUUAAGCCCAAGGCAAAGAAGGGUUCAGUUCUUGAUGAAGAUACUGGGGAGCUCUUAGCUGAUAAUGCUGAUGAUGCUAGUGACGAGAGUGGAGAUGAGAUGCAGGAUCUGAGAGAUGGGUUGGCAGAGGAUGGAGAAUAUGACUAUGACGACCUUGACUCCAAUGCAUUUGAUGAGGAAAAGGAUUUACUUAGAGAUGACAGUGAUGUUGAGUUGGAUGACAGUUCAGAUAGCGCUUCUAUGGAUGGUGGAUCAGAAAAUGAUGAUGACGAUCCAGAUGGCAACUCUAGUGGCGAGGAGAUGGUUGAUGCUGGUAAUGGUAGUAGCUCCUAUGCAAAGAAAAAGGUGGCACUGCAGAAGCGGAAAAAUGGUGUAAAGAGUGGUCGAUCUCCAUUUGCAAGCCUGGAUGACUAUGAGCAUCUGAUGGCUGGGGAUGCAGAUGAGACACCCUUGAAGCGGAAGCGGAAGGCAACAUGGGGAGCUGGUGGUGAGAAGAAACCAAAGUCCAGAUCAAAAAACAAGAGGUCGAGGAGUUCAAAAUGAGACGACCUUUAACUUAUUGGAAAUGUUCACCACAGUGGUGCUCAUUGCAUUUUUGUAGUUCUGAAAGGCACAUGACUGAGUAAUGGUAAUGUUGAACCGAGAAGGUACUAAAAAUUGGUUUAUACACAUGCUCUCUUCAAUUU